AGCAACGAGUCGAGCAGGUUAAGAAAUGAUCUGUCGCCUCUGUUACCUUUAGGGACUACCGGUGACACCAAAAUACACGAUUGCCAUCUCGUCUAGUCAGGAAACUACCGGAUUUUCAGAGAUCAAUUACCUGUGUAUGUGCUUGAUCUGUUACCACAUUUACAGAUUGAGCAAUUAGCGAGCGAGCCAGCUGCCUGGUGAUUGAUCUCUUACCGUAGUUGUCACACCUGAUCUGCAAGCGAAGCGCGGACCUGCCACUAUAAAUACGUGAGAAUCCCUGCGUAGAACCACACCGCGAAUCAAACAUUUCAUCGCUGAUCUUUCACCACACGGCACUUACAUAUUUCUUCUCUGUUUGAUCGUUGGCAAGAGUAUGGAGGCGAAGAGAUCGAGCUCGGCCGCCAUCGCCGCCGUGUGCGUGCUCCUCCUGGUGACGCUGCCCGGGCAGGUGUCCGCCAAGUCCAAGUUCUGCGAGUGCUACGAGGGGUGCUACUCGGCGUGCAGGCACCACGUGGCGCGGUUUUUGUGCGUUCCGUUCUGCGCCAACAAAUGCAGCCCCAGCCAGGCCACCGCCACUGCCGCUGCCGUCGGCGGCGGCGACUCGUGCUUGGGGGCCUGCGCCGCCGCCAAGAUCUGCGGCCAGUCGGAUCCGCCGGCCGAGACAGUUGAAGUGGAGACCUGCGCGCAGACCUGCAAGAGGAAAAUCAGGCAGAAUUGAUCGUACGUAUGGUGUGUCGAUCGUGGGAUCAGAUGAUGUUGCAUGGCUAUGAUUUGUAGCGGCAAUAAUGAAAAUCGGGCUAAGUUGCUGCCGCAUACCACAUCUGCGGAUGCGUUUGUAUUUUUUCAAGAUAAUAUCAAAUUAGGUUUCGUUUUGCCUAUCGCAGACCAGAUUUCGUUGUCUUU